AUGGCUACCAACGGCGACAAGUUCGGCAACGAUAUCGUCGAGUCCGACUCGGGCUCCGACAACGAGUCUCACGUCGGACAGCACGAGUCCGACAACGAGGUUGAGGCCAAGCCCCGCAAGUCGGCCCUCAAGAAGACUCCCGCCCCCGUCGUCGCGAGACCUCCCCUUCCUCCCCAGACCGACCCCAAGGACCUCGACGUCAAGACCCUCAGCCCCCUCACCCCCGAGAUUAUUGCGCGACAGGCCACCAUCAACAUCGGCACCAUCGGCCACGUCGCUCACGGCAAGUCGACAGUAGUAAAAGCCAUCUCGGGCGUCCAGACGGUCCGUUUCAAGAACGAGCUUAUUCGCAAUAUCACAAUCAAGCUUGGUUACGCCAACGCCAAGAUCUACAAGUGCGACAACCCAGCAUGCCCUCGCCCGACAUGCUACAGGAGUUACAAGUCCGAGAAGGAGGUUGAUCCCCCUUGCGAGCGCGAGGGUUGCGAGGGUACCUACCGUCUGUUGCGCCAUGUCUCCUUCGUCGACUGCCCCGGUCACGAUAUUCUCAUGAGCACUAUGUUGUCAGGUGCCGCCGUCAUGGACGCCGCCCUCCUCCUGAUCGCCGGAAACGAAUCCUGCCCCCAGCCCCAGACCUCCGAACAUUUGGCUGCCAUCGAGAUCAUGAAGCUCGACAAGAUCAUCAUCCUCCAGAACAAGGUCGAUCUCAUGCGCGAGGAGGCCGCCAAGCAGCACUACGAGUCCAUCCUCAAGUUCAUCCGUGGUACCGUUGCUGGAAAGUCGCCCAUCAUCCCCAUCUCCGCCCAGCUCAAGUUCAACAUCGACGCCAUCAACGAUGCCAUCGUCAACACCAUUCCCGUUCCUCCCAGGGACUUCUCCAUGGACCCCCAGAUGAUCGUCAUUCGUUCCUUCGAUGUCAACAAGCCCGGUGCCGAGAUCGACGAGCUCAAGGGUGGUGUUGCCGGUGGUUCCAUUCUCCACGGUGUCCUCAAGCUCGGCGACGAGAUCGAGAUCCGUCCCGGUAUCGUCACCCGUGACGAGAAGGGCGACCUCAAGUGCACUCCCAUCUUCAGCAGAAUCGUCUCCCUCAACUCCGAGGCCAACGACCUCAAGUACGCCGUGCCCGGUGGUCUCAUCGGUGUCGGUACCCGCAUCGACCCUACCCUCUGCCGUGCCGAUCGUCUCGUCGGUUUCGUCCUCGGUCUCAAGGGCCGCCUCCCCGAGAUCUACUCCGAGAUCGAGGUCAACUUCUACCUCCUCCGCCGCCUCCUCGGUGUCCGCACCGCCGACGGAAAGCAGGCAAAGGUCGACAAGCUCGCCAAGAACGAAGUCAUCAUGGUCAACAUUGGUUCCACCUCCACUGGUGCCAAGGUCUCCGCCAUCAAGAAGGAUGCCGCUAAGCUCAUCCUCACCUCCCCCGCCUGCACGAGCAUCGGCGAGAAGGUUGCCCUUUCCAGACGUAUCGAGAAGCACUGGCGUCUUAUCGGUUGGGCCACCAUUGCUGCCGGUGUUACCCUCGAGCCUUCCACCUCUUAA